GCUUGAACACUUCUCCAUUUUUUUUCUAUGAAAUUCGUCUAAUCUUCCUCCGAUGGCGAACCAGUCUUCGUCCAAUCCAAUCCUUUGCGCUUCGUUCAAUCAGGACUCCAGUUGCUUUGCGAUUGGCACAAAAGAUGGGAUCAAAAUAUUUGAUUCUAAUACCGGUAGACUCUGUUACGAACGAGCCAUUGGGGCUUUCAGUAUUGUUGAAAUGCUGUUCACCUCUAGUCUACUAGCCAUUGUUGGAGCUGGUGAACAGCCAUCGUUAUCCCCUCGCCGUCUCUGUUUGUUCAAUACAAUGACUGGAGCUGCUCUCCGAGAAUUGAAUUUCUUAACUUCAAUACUAGCCGUUCGCAUGAAUAAGAAAAGGCUUGUUGUCGUUCUGCAAGAGAAGACGUAUAUAUAUGACAUUAAUAGUCUAGCAAUCUUGGACACCAUUGACACAGUGCCAAAUGUAAAAGGACUUUGUGCGUUCUCCCCUAGUUUGGAUGGUUGCUUCGUUGCUCUUCCUGCUAGCACUACCAGAGGAUCCGUGCUGUUGUACAAUGUUAUGGAGCUGCAUUCACAUUGUGAGAUAGAUGCUCAUCGUUCUCCAGUGGCUGCAAUGGUUCUUUCUUCAAAAGGGAUGUACAUAGCAACAGCUUCUGAGCAGGGAACCAUAAUCAGAGUUCAUCUAGUUUCUGAUGCAACUAAGUCUUAUAGCUUUCGGAGAGGGACAUAUCCUUCAAAUAUAUUUUCGUUGUCAUUUGCGCCAUCUGUGGAGCUGCCGGAUAUUCUGGUGGCUACAAGUUCUUCAGGUUCAGUUCAUGCAUUCUCUCUUGGAUUUGCUUUAUGUCAGAGAAGCAGAAGAUCGAGUAUUAUUUUGGGAUCAAUAAUACCCGAGUCUGUUAGUGAUGCAUUGGAUCCAGCCCAUCACGAUGUACUUCACAAUGCUGCACCCGCAGGAGUGAAAAGCUAUGCAGUUGUUCGAAAGGUUGACAGGGUUGCUGACUCAUCAACUUCUGAGAUUGUCGCUUGUAGGGCCACCAUUUCUAUGGUUACAUACAACGGGUACUUCCAAGAGUACAACUUAAAUAUCAACAACCGUGAUGAGUAUUCGUGGAGUUUGGAACGUGAAUUCAAUCUUCUAACAGUAAUCGCAGACAAUUCCAUCAGCUCAUGAUCUUUAGCCAUGCUAUCUUGCGACAGUGGCAUAUUUGGGCUCCCACUACAAUCACAAGGGUCUUUCUGCUGGUUUUGUAGUAUAAAUCUUACGUUGCAUCACAACAAUCUGCCACAUUAUUCGGUAUGGUAGAAGAAUGGACGGACAAGGAGAAUAUUAAUAUCUAAUUAACGCUAUAGUGGCUUAUUGACAACAAAAUUAAAGUU